AUGGACCACGAACCCACCCCGCUCGACGCCCACGAGGACACCCUCGGAGGGCUAGACGGUUCUCCUAACAUGGCGGCCGGUUCAUCGCAGAGCAACGGCUUCCGCGAACGGAGGCACACCCAGACGCAGUCCCUCGACCAGGGUCUGUCCCUCUCGCCCCGCCAACAACAUCACCACUACCAGCAACAGCAGCCGCAAGAGGCCAUGGACAUGGAUCCCACCGCCCGGUACACCACCCCGCCCGUCCCGCAGCCAGCCGCCCCCUCGAUAUCCAGACCCCCGUCCGGCCUGUCGGGCCACGGCAGCUACGGUGCCGACCACGCCUCGCGGGCCGGUAGUAACCCUGCCGCCGGGGACGGGCAGGCCAACGGGCGCAACCAUGUGGUGAUCAAGGUUGGCAUGGUGGGCGACGCACAGAUCGGCAAGACGAGCCUCAUGGUCAAAUACGUAGAGGGCAGCUGGGACGAGGACUACAUCCAGACGCUCGGGGUCAACUUCAUGGAGAAGACCAUCAGCAUAAGGAACACGGAGAUCACCUUCAGCAUCUGGGAUCUAGGCGGCCAGCGCGAGUUCGUCAACAUGCUGCCGCUUGUGUGCAACGACGCCGUCGCCAUCCUCUUCAUGUUCGACCUGACCAGGAAGAGCACCCUCAACAGUAUCAAGGAGUGGUAUCGUCAGGGACGGGGAUUCAACAAGACGGCGAUCCCGAUCCUGGUCGGCACAAAAUACGAUCAUUUCGUCAACUUCCCCAGGGAGGACCAGGAAGAGAUAUCGAAUCAGGCUCGACGGUUCGCCAAGGCGAUGCGUGCUGCACUGAUUUUCAGCAGCACUAGCCACAGCAUCAACGUUCAGAAGAUCUUCAAGAUUGUGCUUUCCAAGGCAUUCGACCUCAAAUGCACGAUCCCCGAGAUCGAGAACGUCGGGGAACCUCUUCUCCUCUAUCAGUCUUGCUGA